GAACGCGACCAGAUGUUACCGACGUCAAUACACGGAAAACUUUUUUCCCGAGGAAAAGUAGAGAAAAUUGAAGAUAUAUCUACUUAAAUUGCUCCACAUUGUGCCAUUGCAUUUGCAUAUUUUCAAGCCACGCCAAAAUUGUGAGGAGCUAAACAGGAGCGGCAAUACCAUGUGGAUAGAGAUCUUCUGUUGUUGUGUGUUCAUUUACACAUUGUUCAGGUGUUUAUUAUACGAUGACGAUGUCUUGGAGAUGGAAACCUCUGAUUCUAGUGCUCUUUUCGUAGUCGCAAAUCGGUUUGAAAAGCUUUAUGGUGGAAAGGUGUAUGUGGGGCUUCGAAUACCAGACGCCGACACCGGUUCACGACAGAAUGUCGACAUGGUUCUUGUUACCGAAGGGGAGGCAGUGGUGAUAUCUGUUAAGAAUUUAUCUGGAUUUGUAUCCUUGAAUGCGGAUGGCAGCUGGAAUUGUGAAAGCGGCAAUAUGCAAAAAACAGAGCGUCUUCCUGAUCCUGUGAUGGAGACGAAAAAACAAGCUUCAAUUCUUGAAUCAUAUCUUGAACAGAGAGGAGUUGCUUUACCAGAAGGAUAUUUUUCUUGCAAAGUUGUACUGCCUAAUCCGAAGCUUUGUUACUUUAUUUUUACUUGUAGUAUCAUCCCUUCAAGCGAUUUUCCCUCCGAGGUCAUCACCUACGACCAGUGGGUACAACAGAAACGAGAAUCUAAAAAUAUGUUUUCUGGUUGGUUGAAAGGUGCCUUUCGCAGUGGUAAGAAAGAGAUGCAAGAAUCUAUACAUCAGAAGCUUAAUUUCAUCCUUAGCACAGCUCCAAUGUGGGAUAGGUUGGAGCUUAAAGGCAACAAAUAUGUCCUAGGGGAAUUUCUGGAAUUCAAGGGGAAGCAGGAAGACGUCCAGGCUUUGAAAAAUAUUAAAAGAUCAAAAUUCAGUCGCCUGAUCAUCCAAAACACAAGCAUGUUUGGAUUUGCCCCCUCAAAGCUCCAAGUUUUGUACUCACCUCGGGAUUAUAGGAGUGAAGGGACUUCAGAUUCCGAGUGGAAGGAAGUUACUGUAAGAUCGAGUACUGAGGUUCUCUUUCAGCCUGAGAAUUCAACAAAAGUCCGAAAAUUCAAGCUCUCUUCCAUCGUCUCCUUGUCGCUGACUGCGUAAAGCCUCUUCUGAUUAAUGCAGGUCGGGCAAGUCGACUUUAUUACGCUACCCUUGAAUUUCUAUCUUCUUGUGACUUCUUUAGUUAUGGUUUAUGCUAUAUAAGUAUAUGGUGUUGUAUAUAUUGCAGUGAAGAUGGAAUUUAAGGUGCAAUAUUAGUCAUUCAGAGAUAGAAAUUUUGAAGAAUGGGUUAGGAAUUAGGCUAUUGUACGAAUCAUACCAAGUAAUGAAAUUAGUAGUAAUGAAUAUCAAAAUGUACUAUUCGGUUUA